ACGGGAUGGCACGCUAGCAGACUAACUCACUCUGGGUUGCCCGCCCCGGCGCACCACACAGACAGGACAGCGAUGGGUUGGAGAAGCUUGAUCGGUACGUGACGACGAUGGAGUCUAGUUCGUAGAAUUCGGUCUCUUUUGUCGGGAAUAGAAAAUCGGCUCCACAACGAGCACUUGCCAUUCCCCCUGCUGUAAGCAGGCCGGGGAUGACAAGGAGGGUGAGGAUCACGGUAUGGGCGACUCGGAUAUCUCGCCGUGGGUGGGGUCUAGGAGCUGUUGUAGUAAUAUUGGUCCCCUUCGCCGUCGCCAUCAGAGUGAGAUGGUCGCGCGAAAGAGGCACUUGUCGACUCACGAUGCCAUCAGCCUAAGGGCGUGGGCAGAAUGGCAGCAACAGACACACAGACGCAGACGGAAGACGCAAACGGGACGCCAAACAAGCCAAAGAAGGGCGGGACUUCUCACGAACGGCGCAGGAGGACAGGCAAACCAGUGGGAUGGAUGAUGUGUUCUUCGCACGCCGCAGCACAUGGGCCCCGAUGGGGGGGAGGGAGGGGGGGGGCACAACAGACAGACUGCAGGCAUUCUGCGGACUCCCUGAGCCUCGCCCUCCGUCCACUGGCCUGUGGCCUUUUGACCAGGUCACCGACUUCAUGGGCAUUGGGAGGGCAGGACCUUGGGGAAAGGCGGGCUGUGGGCUGUGGGCUGCCGGUGCUAGGCAAGGACAGCCCACCAACCCACACACAGGAAGGAGCGGCCGGAGGAUGGGCUGAAGCGGAGAAAGCUAGGAUUGGACGGCAAGCGCAAGCCAACCCACCCCCAAGUUGCAGCAUUCAAGGCCCCUUUCUGAUUUCAGACAUGAGGGGCCGUCAAGCUGUUCGACCAUGCUCGACCAUGCCCAAUCGUUGGCUCUUCGUCCCUUUGGUCCAUGCGCCGCAGAGCCACAAAGGUACUCCGCUCCGUAGUCGCGACUGUGUGCUAUCGCCAGCCCAGCUCCCCGUAGAAGAGGUCCAGGCCCCUUUUGUAAUGGCAACGUCCGUCCUCUACAAAAACCGACUUGUUGGUCUGGGGGCUACUUUCGGGAGAUCGAUCAAAUGGCGAUCAUUUGGUCGAGGCCGUCCCUGUCACGGCGAUGGCGAAGAUUUCCGUAACCGGGUAUAUGCACCGCCUGUGUCACCUGCGGGCAACGAAUUCGGAAUCGGCAUGGAUGGCAUGACAGGACGCAGAUUGUGGGCCUCUCUUGAUUAAGCCCCGCUUUACAGGCCUUGGCAGGCCUGCCCCGAGCCCGCCUCGAGCCUUCUGAGUGUCGACGCAACGCCCUUAUCUUCGUUCAACAGACCACAGGUUGGCGAUUUGAAAGGAAAUACUCUGCUCUGGGACGAUGCUGGCUCCCUUGGCCGGCGAAUAUCUAAUGCAAACUCUUCGAAUCAUUAUCAUCGUCAUAUCGGUCUGGAAGAUGGGCUUUCAUGCGUUUUCCUUUCUCGUUG